GAGACCAGCAGGGUGAUGACAGUGGCACCCACUGGAGGUUGGGCAGAAGCUCUAAAGACAUCUCCUGUCUGCUUCUCCCCGCAGGUGGUGUGUGUCCCCCUGUGGAUCCUCAUGUCCUUUCUGUGCCUCGUGGUCCUCUAUUACAUUGUGUGGUCGGUCUUGUUCCUGCGCUCCAUGGAUGUGAUUGCAGAACAGCGCAGGACGCACAUCACCAUGGCACUGAGCUGGAUGACCAUCGUCGUGCCUCUCCUUACUUUCGAGAUCUUGCUGGUUCAUAAACUGGACGGCCACAAUGCUUUCUCUUGCAUUCCAAUAUUUGUGCCCCUGUGGCUGUCGUUGAUCACACUGAUGGCAACCACAUUCGGACAGAAGGGCGGAAACCACUGGUGGUUUGGUAUUCGCAAAGAUUUCUGCCAGUUUCUGCUUGAAGUCUUCCCAUUUUUGAGAGAGUAUGGAAACAUUUCCUAUGAUCUCCACCAUGAAGACAACGAAGAAACUGAUGAAAUCCCAGCUCCAGAGCCUCCUAAAAUCGCCCCUAUGUUUCGCAAGAAGGCCAGGGUGGUUAUUACACAGAGCCCUGGAAAAUACGUCCUGCCCCCUCCCAAGUUAAAUAUCGAAAUGCCAGACUAAAGGACACCGGCAGGGCCAGAGCAUGAGUGGACUGGGACGCACGCUCUCUCCCUCCCUCUGCCUCUCCUUCACCCUCCUUCCCCGAGACCCCGAGUGGAGCUGGGCCUCUAGGGAUGUCCAUCUCAUGCCUCGUUUGCAUUCAGUGCCAAUCAGCUGCUCACCACGUCGGGAUACAGAGGUGGCGGGGAGGGUUGGGGGUGUCUGUGGAUAUGAUGCCAGGGGCCGUGAAGGAGAGAGAAGAACCGAAUUCCAUGAGAGCGGGUGUCUAAGGCACCUUCUCUUGCCCAUGGUACCACCUGGGAAUGGCUGCUCCUGAGACCUGCAGGGGGAGAUUCUGUCUACAGGACAGCUUCACGGGGCUGAAAUUCCUGUGGCAAGUGUUGGUGGAAGUGGUUUCCUACAGGGCCGCCUCCCUGGACAGCUCCGAGCUGUCCCGCUGCAGGUCGGCAGUGGGGACUGUAACUGGGUCUGAGUGUACCUGGUGUUUCCGCACAGCCCCGCCGCCAUGCUUAGCCCUGUCCCUGCAGUGGAGGGCUUUCCCUUUGGGCGUGCUGACAGUGGUUUCCACGGCCUCCUCCGUGAGCCCUUCCCAGUGGAGUGACUCCAUGCCUGUAUAGUAUUUAUACGGAUAUUUUAGCAUUGUAAUGUACAGUGUCAAAUCCUAGUUCUGUACAGCGUACUCUGUUAAAAGUAUUUUUUUACAAGCUUGUGCCCGAGACGGACGUGUUCUGCUGCAGAAGUUGGAGUCGGUGCCAGCCCUGCCCCACCUCAGAGUUGUGCCGGGCCUUCACAGGACAUCACCACUUACACCUGGAAUUCUGUCACGUGCAUAGCCCUGCUCCUGCCAGCAGAGCCACAGCAAGCAGGAAAUGACCUGUGUGUUUCCUCACGUUGGGGAAAUCAGGCUGGGAAUAACCUAGAAAGCAGUGCUCGGGGCCAGGACACGAGGGCAGGUGGCCAGGAGCAGACACAUUCACAGAUUCCCAUGGGGGUUGGGGUCUGUAGCAUUCUGCCUGCCGGCAAGGAGAGCACUUUACACCUGGCCAGUGCUGUCACCUGUGAGCACAGUUUCUCUCUCCUCUGCUGUGACAGCCCAGAACACGUCCAGUCCUGCCAGUGGAGUAACGUCCAGUCCUGCCAGUGGAGUAGCCUUCUGCCGAGAAUCAAAUAGGUCCUUCGUGCAGGUGGGUGGAGAGGACCAUUGACGAGCCCGCUCAAGAGGCAAGUGCAGGUUUUCAUGUGGGCAACUGCUAAAUGGCCUCAAGCAGGCCUAAUGGAAGUCCAUCACGUCCCUGACUCUGCCGCUGGCGCUGGCCUGUUGCCAGUCUGCUAUGUUUCAGAGGAAAGGGGGGAAUGGUGUACCUUUCCUGCUUGGUGUGUAAAAAAUGUAGUUAUGUCCACUAUUUUUGCUCCCUGUAGUUGUUCAAUAAACCAGUUCCUUGUUUUACAUAC